AUGCUCCCAUUUUCCUUAUUUGUUCAACCAAAGCCUGUUAAUUAUAAAGAAGUCAAAUGGGAAGAGAUUAAGAUAGAUGGUUUUCUUCUGGUUAAAUUUAUUGGAGGGGCUAGAAAAGCGACUACUUACAAAUACGUCUGUACAGUUAAAGAGAAAGACAAAGAAGAUCACGAAAUUGCUGUUGUGGGAUUGCGAGCGCUCAAUGAAGUUUGCUCUGAUUUUUAUAUUAAUGAGAGUGAGGAACCUUUCAUACAAAUGGACAUUGUUGUAGCCAUUCUUUCUCAGCCUGAAAUUAAAUUCGAAAAACGUAAAAUGAUUUGUUCUUUUCCUGGAACAAUAGACGUCUUCGAGAAACCAUAA